AUUGAAAAAAUUUCAAACUCUUUGCGCAAUACAACAACAAAUUAAAGAACGCAAAUAUGCCUAACAGUAAAUCAAACAGUUGGAAGUAUGGAUUGGCUGGAGGAUUUUCUGCAUUUUCUACUCAUGCAGUAUUGGUUCCUCUUGAUGUUAUUAAAACUAGAAUUCAAAUCUAUCCACAACAAUAUCAGAAUGGUACCUUAUCAACUCUAAAAACCAUUGCAAGGAAUGAAGGUCUUGCUGCAUUAACUCUUGGUUUCUCUUCAACUGCUAUUGGUUACUUUUUACAAGGUUCAAUGAAGUUUGGUUUAUUUGAGGUGAUUAAAUCAAGCAUUAUGAAUUCAUCAUUAAUUGGUGGAAAGGAAAGAGUAAUGGGAAGAGGUGGUGAUUUAUCCUAUCUUCAAUUUCCAAUUUAUAUCACUUCUAGUGCCAUGGCUGAAGCUUGUGCUACUGUUGUUUUGUGUCCUUGGGAAGCCAUUAGAAUCAAGACAGUCAAUCAACCACUCAAAUAUGGAAAUGUUAAUGUUUUUAAGGGGCUGAAAAUGAUUGCAGUUGAAGAGGGAUUAUUGAAUGGAUAUUUUAGAGGUUUAAUCCCAAUUUUAGCCAAGCAAGUACCUUAUACAUGUGUUCAAUUGACUUGUUUCUCAUACACAACUGAAUUCUUUUACGGAAAUUUCCUUCCUAAUCGUCUUGGAAUGAAGAAACAAGAUUUGACCACUACUCAACAAUUGAAUUUGAGUGUUGGCGCUGGUAUUCUAGCAGGUAUGGUCUCAUCCCUUGCUUCACACCCAGCAGAUACUCUUCUCAGCUUGGUUAAUAAACCAGGCGAACAGAGAAAUAUUUUCCAAAUCAUGAAAGAUAUUGGGUUUAAGGGUGUUUGGAGAGGAGUGGUUCCACGUUGCUUGAUGGUGUCAUUCUUGAGUGCUGGCAUGUUUUUGGUUUAUGACAGUUCUAAAUUGGCUCUUGGUUUGCAAACUACUGGUGGUUAA